GAAACCUUCUUCUUUCUCUCCCCUCCUCGGUUACUCAGAAAAACUGGAAAAACUGAAAACAUAGGAGAAGUAAUUUUCAGUUUUUGGAUUUGAAAUAGUGAAAAUGGCGGUCAGAAUUUCCCAGCUUUCUGGCCGUUUUCUGGUUCAAUUUGGUGGACCAAAGAUUUUCGAAAAUUUAGCCUUGAAUUUUACAUGUUUUGAAGUUAUGAAAUUUAAAUUCUUGAAGUUUUAUAAUUCAUUUGAAGGUGUGGAUUUUGAUUCAAAGAUAAAACUAAGGUCGUUGCGGUUGUGAUUGUGUGAUCCAAUGGUGUUUUUAUUAAUUUAGUUUAUUUUGAGGUUGGUUUUGGAUUUUUUUCCAUUGGAUCAUUCUCAGAAGGUGGCAGCAAAUUGAGCUAUUUGUGUUGUCUAGAUAGUUGGACGGCAGGUUUGGAGUUUUUGGUUUCUUGUUUUUUUUUUUCAUGUGGACUUGCAGAACGCGUUUUAGUGGGAUUAUUCCUUUGAUGCUUUUUAUGGUUCUGAUCAGAUUAGUCUUAUCCUCAACCUAGUUUGAAGAUUGCGAGAGAGCUCGGGAUGUAGUAUUUGUUUCCUUGGGGAUAGAAUAGCCGCGCUUGUUGUAGAGAAAGUGGUGAAUGAUGCCAGCCAAAUCUAAAGAUGUAGAUCCAGGAACCCAGACUGUGUUGCAAUCAACUAUACAACCUUGGUGGCGUGGAGCGGGAAAUAGUUUGUCUUUUGGUGAAAGUGCUGUAGCAUCGUCUUUUGGGGAACACGGUAACCGUUUUGUGAUGAAUGGCGCUAUGCAGUCACAAGCUGAUGCUGGAGCUAACUUCAAAAAAGAUGUGCAGGCUACAAUAGGAUCACAGUCUGAUGGGAAUAGUGGACAUGAAAACCAACAAAUGAAAAGCACUUCCUCUGCAGUGGUUGCUAAAUUGGGUGAACAUCUUGAUGCGAAUUCACAAAUGGAACUUGUUGGUCACUCAAUUGUUUUGACAUCAUAUCCAUAUUCAGAUCCACAAUACAGUGGGAUGUUGACUCAUUAUCGGCCACAAGCUAUGGUGCCCCCUCAAUUCUAUGGCUUGCAUCAUGGUAGAAUGCCCUUGCCCCUUGAAAUGGAAGAGGAGCCUGUUUAUGUAAAUGCCAAGCAAUACCAUGGUAUUUUGAGACGAAGACAGUCACGUGCUAAAGCUGAGCUUGAAAGGAAGCUUAUAAAAGUUAGGAAGCCAUAUCUUCAUGAGUCUCGUCACCAGCAUGCGUUGAGGAGAGCAAGGGGUUGUGGAGGCCGUUUCCUUAAUACGAAGAAGCAAGAUGAUAGUGAUGCAAAUUCCUCAUCAGAAAAAACCAUUAAUUUGGAUGCCAACUUUUCACCCAAAUCUGCCAAAUCUGGUUUUGAGUGCUUUCCUAAUGAUAGCAAUGGCAAUUUCGUUUCCUCCAAUGUCCAGCAAGAAGGAUCAGGUUCAUGGUUCAGGACACUCAAUAACCACACACUCUCCAACGGUAAUGGCAAUGGCCAUGUCCCGUCAUCCACGUAUCGUACAACAUUUAAAGACGGCAAGGAAGGUGUUUUCCUUGGUCAACAGAAGGAAACAAUGCAGUUGAAUGGAUCCUCUCGUGGGGCCAUUCACAGUAAAUGACAAAAUUCCCCCAUGAGGUGUUGCUGAAGGUGUGCAGUCUCCAGCUUGGAAAAACCCUUCUUGUGCAAUGUCUGUCAGGCAAUUCAUUCUUGGCUUUGGUUACUUUGUAAUUAUUGGGACGAUACCACAGGAGAUAGGUGAUGGAUUCCAUGCUGUCUUCAGUCAUGAACCACUUCCACUCACCCCCUGUUGUUGACGCAGUAAAGCAAGUAACUGUUUGGAACUUUAGAAAAUAGUUGUGGGUACGUAGAUUUGAAACAGUGUUGUUUUCCUAUUUUGUAAGUGUGUUAAGACUUUCUGUAGAGGCAAAGAGAGCUUAUUGUAUCUACUUAAUAGAGUUUCUCUACACUCCCUCCCAUAUUUUGGAGUUUAUUGCAUCCAUGUACUGGUCUAUAGAUUGUGACUGAUGCACCUGCUACUUCCCAUUGUGGAAGGGAGUUUGCUUUAGAAUGGAAUCUUUAAAGGUUUUGUGGGAA